AUGCAGAGACAGACUCAUCUGCCUGCUGGGCACAGAGUGUCUCCAAGGGCAUCUUCCUCCUGGCUGCCCCUUGCACUGGCACUGGGGGCGCAGAUGCUGUGCCUGCUUUUGAUAAUAGGAUUCAGAGUCUACGAUGCCACGGUCACUGAGCUCAGACGAGAGAAGGGAAACGUCAUCCAGCUGCCGACGUCCUGCCCAAACCAGCAGCCAGACCUCCCAGAAAUUCCAGAUGAACAUCCUGUUGAUACAGGGCAGAAGUGUCCAGCACGGUGGGCUACUGCUGAGGGCAGGUCCCAUCUCUUUUCUCCUGAGAAAGGAAAUUGGGAACAUUGUAAAUCCUUCUGCAUGUCUCAGUCUGCCCAGCUGCUCAGCAUUGAGAACAGAAAAGAGCUGGAUUUCAUAAGACAAGAAUUAUAUCAAUAUUAUGAAGAUCGUAAAGGUGUUCUCUGGUACUACCCAUUCUGGAUCGGACUGUCGUAUGAUCCUGGAUCCAGGAAGUGGGUCUGGGAAGACAACACAGCUCUCUCCUCUGGCCUGUUUGAUCUCCAAGACCCCAGUCAUCAGAAUGAUCAGGGCACAGUUUGUGUCUAUAUCCAAGGUGGGAAAGCUAAGCCUGGAGGCUGUGGAGAAACUCACUUCUGCAUCUGUGAGAAGGAAAAAAAAGUAGAGACACAUUAAUGGGAAAAAAGUGGGAAUGCCAGCCUGAGAUGCUACGUAAACACAGGAAAACAUCAUAACUUUCUGCCCCCUCUGGACUUUUGUGUGUGUGCCUGUUUCCUGGAUCUCUCUCCCCAGCAAUGAAGUUUCCUGUACUGGAGCCAACAGACAUGGAUAGGGCCCUCCUGCUUACAUCCCCAGAUCUCAUUUUCUUGGUCCUGUAUUUUGAGCGUGUGUUGGAAGCACUUGGGAAAAGAGAAAGUCCUAAGAGGCAACAGUGUGUAUGGUCAUAGGAGCAUCACAGGCCCCUAGAAAUGAGAGAUGGAAAUAUGCCUGCCAUCCUGCAGUGACUGCCCCUACCCAGGCACA